AUGCCUCCUCGAGUACUCAUUUUUUCAGCUCCAUUGAGGCAAUUCCCCUUCCGUCAGGUGCGCGGCAACGCCACCCUCGGCACCAGCGCACACGGUGCCGUCAUCAAUGUCCAGCAGAUCCCCGCCCCCGGAGCUGGCCACAUCAGAGUACUGCUGUUGAACAGACCGGAAGCUCGCAAUGCGAUAUCAAAACAACUUCUUAGCAGUUUGGGGGCGCAUAUCGACUCCAUCAGCGCUGAGAGAGGCGUGGGUCCCACGCGAGCGCUGAUUGUUGCCAGUAACGUCGAUGCAUCGUUUUGCGCCGGGGCGGACUUGAAGGAGAGAGCGAAAUUCACGAGAGAAGAAACCGAUGCAUUCCUCGCUCAACUCCGACAAACCUUCGCAAACCUCGAGGCUCUCCAGAUUCCCACCAUCUCAGCCAUCUCCUCCAUGGCCCUGGGCGGUGGGCUCGAGCUCGCUUUGUCCACGCAUCUCCGUGUGUUCGGUUCAACUAGCAUCGUUGGUCUCCCGGAGACCCGACUCGCCAUCAUCCCCGGCGCAGGUGGCACGCAUCGCCUUCCUCGCCUCAUCGGCCAGAACCGUGCUCUAGACAUGAUCCUCACAGGCCGACGAGUCAGCGCACCAGAAGCCUACUUCAUCGGUCUUUGCAACCGGUUGGUGGAAAUUAGUCCGGAGGAGCAGGCUCAGGCGGGUGCAGCGAGGGAAAAAGUCCUUCACGAGAGUAUUAAACUCGCGUUGGACAUCUGUGAGGGAGGGCCGAUUGCGCUAAAGCAGGCUGUCAAGGCGGUUACGGGUUACGAAAGGGGGCAAGAAGGGGAGAACGAGGCGUAUCUGGGAGUUGUGGAUACCGAGGAUCGGUACGAGGCUUUGAAGGCAUUUGCUGAAAAGAGGAAACCAUGCUUUAAGGGCAGGUGAUGAGGUCGAGGGCCAAAACAAGAUCCAAGUUUCGAGAACCCCAGUCUCUUCGCACGGUAGGCAUGGUGCUUUCUCAGGCAAUUAUGCAUUCAAAAAUGUGCCUCAUGUACUCAAAAGGCGCUUGAAGAUUCUCUUUGGGUGGCAGUUUACGGUGCUAUCGCAUGAUACGUCUCCUGUGGCGACGCAACAGGCAAAAAGGAAUGAUGUAAUAUGUGAAACAGUCAUGAUGUUCGAGGCCGAGUGGCACUCCUAAGUGGCAGAAAUAGCAGC